GUGGGCUUCUCCUUCCUAUGCAAUGCCACUGGGCGUCUGUUCACCAAGGGACAGAUCAGCCUAAGUGAUGUGGACGCCAACUAUGACCCAAUAUAUUGCGUGAUGAAGGUGAGCCAUGGGACAGGGAGGUACUCUGCACAUCUUUUGAAGGAAGCGAUCAUCAAGCACUAUGAGUGGUGCAAGCUCUAUCCAUGUGGUAUCACUUCAUGCAUGCAGUGCAUACAGGACUGGGCGCUGAAGCUGGGAAAAGCACUUCAACGACUUGUCAGCAGGUUUCGCCGCUUGUACCGGCUUGCAGCCUCCUCCAAGAAGUCCAACAUCCG